AAAAAAAGUAAAAUAUUUGUGCAUUACCAUGCAAGUGAACAGUUAGAAACUUAUAGAAUAGCAAAAGUACAAAUCAGUGACCAGAACACCGAUGGAUAUACAACUAGGCGCCAUGCUGCACGUGUACAAGGGGGAGUGGGGUCUGCCGACAAUUGAUUUUGAAUGUUUACGUGCCCUGUGUCUUCUGCGAUUCACCCGCUGUCCCAUGGACGUGGAAACGAAUGCGAAUCCCCUGCGUUCUGGUGCCGGAAAGUUGCCCUAUCUGCAGAUUGGCAAUGACAAAUUUGUGGGCUACACUCAAAUAAAGCGCGUGCUGGAUCUUGAGGGUUACCCGAUUGAUGCGCACUUAAACACCAAACAAAAGCAUUUGUCGGCCACAUAUGCCAACUGGGUGUUCACCAAUCUGCAUGGCUACUACCACUACUUCCUGUACGGAGAACCAUUCAACUUUGACAAAACCACCCGUGGGCUGUAUGCCAAGCGAACGCCAUUCCCAUUUAACUUUUACUAUCCCUCCACGUAUCAGCGCGAGGCAUGCGAUGUGCUCCAGGUCAUGGCCAGCUUCGAUGUGAACGAUAAGCUGGAUAAGCACGAGUCGGAAUAUCUAGUUUUGAAUGCCAAAAAGUGCGUCAAUCUGCUCUCUCGCAAGCUGGGCCGCAAGGUGUGGUUUUUCGGCGACACCUACAGCGAAUUCGAUGCGAUUGUGUACAGCUAUUUGGCCAUAAUCUUCAAGAUAACACUGCCCAACAAUCCGCUGCAGGCUCACAUCAAAGCGUGUCAGAAUCUGGUGAAUUUCAUCAAUCGCAUCACCAAGGACAUCUUCCGCAACGAAGGCUACAACUCCACCAAACUCACAAAGGCCUCGAACGGCACAGACUCACAUCUGACGCAUUCGGAGCAUAAAUUCCUCGAGUCUGACUGCAGUACAAAGAUCGUGGCGGGUGUCGGCGCACUGUUGGCCAUGGGCGCGUUUGCGGCAUGGCGCGGUAUAUACAACCAGCUAACAACGCGCUCCUCAACGGACUACGAUGGCAUAGACUACGACGAUGAUGAUGCGGAGGAGGGCCUAGAAUAGGAUAAUGCUGCUCUCUAUGUAGUGAUAUAUGUACAUGCAUAUAUGCAUAGAGUAUCUAUAUAUUUAUAAAGUGUAUAAAGGGGAAGAAGCACAAACAAAAAAAUGUCCAACAUCAAAUGAAAAUAUAAUAUAUAAGUAAACUAUGCUUUAUAUAUACAUAUGUGUGUACCCAUACCUUUAUCUAUGUACAUGUGAAGA